AGAUACGCGCCUCCCCAUCGUCGCCGCCAUGCUGCGCAGCGCGCUCCUUCUCGCCGGCGCAUGCACUGCCUCCGCCUUCGCUCCUGCCGCCCUCCCAGCUCACCGUGCUCAGUCCCGAUCCGGUGUCACCAUGCAGCUCUGGGGUGAGGGCAAGGUUCAGGGCAGGGGAGUCCAGGCUAUCCCUUUCUCCGCUCCUCCUUCCACCCUCCCCGCGGACAUGGUUGGCUAUGUCGGCUUCGAUCCCCUCGGCUUCUCCACUCUCGUCGACAUCAGACUCCUCCGUGAGUCCGAGCUCAAGCACGGUCGCGCUGCUAUGCUUGCCGCCGCUGGAGCCAUCGCUCAGGAUCUCUUCACCUUCCCUGGAGUCGAGAAGGUCGUCGGAAAGGCCAAGAUGACUGGCGCUCACGAUGCCCUCAUCGCCGGAGCUCAUGCCGGCAACAAGCAGUCCUUCGCCAUGCAUCAGAUCAUCUUCUGGGUUGGCCUCAUCGAGAUCAUCACCCUCCCCGCUAUCUUCGAGAUGCUCAACGGCUCUCCCCGCAAGCCCGGUGACUUCAGCUUCGAUCCCCUCGGCCUCAACAAGAAGUCUGAUGGCCGCAUGGAGCUGGCUGAGAUCAAGAACGGCCGCCUCGCCAUGAUCGGCAUCGGAGGCAUGAUCCACCACUACCUCCUCACCGGCAAGGGACCCAUCCAGUUCCUCACCGGCAUCCCCAACUACAAGUCAUGCAUUGAGCCCCACCUCGGUGCUCUCUGCAAGUAAACUGUCUACCUACCAUCAUAUUUAUUGAGCACUCAAUAUAGAAAAGGGAAAUGAAACCUC